GAGCGACUCUGAAAUCGAUUCGCAUCCCUGGAUUGAGAGAGAGGUGAUUUUGAUGGAGAUGAAGGCGGUGGUGUCCAGUACAGGGCUUAUGCUUCUAUUUGCGUGGCUUUCUCCAAGCCAAGCCCUUUAUUUCCACAUCGGAGAGACGGAGAAGAAAUGUUUUAUAGAAGAAAUACCCGACGAAACCAUGGUGAUCGGGAGAUACAGAACACAGUUGUGGGACAAACAGGCUGGCUCUUUUCUCCCAUCCACCCCUGGUUUAGGCAUGCACGUGGAAAUCAAAGAUCCUGAUGCAAAGAUCAUCCUGUCCCGUCAGUACGGCUCAGAUGGCCGUUUCACCUUCACGUCCCACACACCAGGCGAGCAUCAAAUCUGCCUCCACUCCAACUCCACCAAGAUGGCUCUGUUUACUGGGGGAAAACUGAGAGUCCACUUGGACAUUCAGGUUGGUGAACACACCAACAACUACCCCGAGAUCGCAGCCAAAGACAAACUGUCCGAGCUGCAGCUGAGGGUCCGACAACUUCUGGACCAGGUGGAACAGAUCCAGAAAGAGCAGAACUACCAGCGCUACCGUGAGGAGCGUUUCCGUAUGACGAGCGAGAGCACGAACCAGCGAGUUCUGUGGUGGUCUAUCGCUCAGACCUUCAUCCUCAUCAUCACCGGCAUCUGGCAGAUGAGACACCUCAAGAGCUUCUUUGAGGCCAAAAAGCUGGUGUGAGGAUCAGACAGCGUUACAGAGACAAUAACUCAAGUAACAUUCAUUAACGUUAUGGUUUUCAAGCAAGGAAAUACUCAGUGCUUCAUUUUAGUUUUUUCUUUUUAAAUUCAGUUCAGUACAACUUUAUCUUGAGCAGAAAAAUUAGGUCACAAUGAGCUUAAAUAGGUAGAACAUUAACAACCCUUAAAUCUACAGUACCCCUGAUACCCAUUUAUCAUGCAUGAUCAUUUAUCAUACACAUCUAGCAUCUAGAACGUUGUUAAUUUUACUAAACUGUGUGAUAUGAAAAUGCUAUGCCUUUAAAGUGAUGAUCAUUAUGGGUGCAUGGAAACUACUGUUGACUUCAAGGUUGUAUUACUGGUACUUAUAAACGUGAAGAAUCAAGCUAAAACUAAUUUUUAGCAUUUCUCAACAUUUUUAAUAUGUAUGUUUUGAUGUAUUUUGAUGACUUUGACAAAUGUGUGGCUUUGGUUUCAUAUUCUAUCUGUCUUGGGCUCUCAGAUAGGUUUGAUGUUCAUGAUUUUGAGGGAGAAUGAUUCAAGCUAAUUGACUGUGUCUUGCAUAGAAGCUAUUUAGGCCAAAAAAGAAAUGCAUUUUUUUAGGAUUUUUCUGACUUUGUGGUUUACAAAAUAUGAUUUCUGUUGUUCUCAGUCUAUGCUCUGUUUCGUGCUUUAUUUAUUUACUGGACCGGCCACAUUUAAAAUACAAUACAAGUAGUUAUAACACUAUAAUUCAUGAAAACUAAAGGUUUUCUGGUUUCUUUUUCAAUUUUACAGGAUCUUUGGAAAUUUUUGUACUGGCUUCUUACAAGUACCAAUUUAUAUGUAAAAAAAAAAAAAAAUGCUGGUUCGCAUGAUGCACUAUGUCAAAAUCCUCCAUUUGUGAAAAUUGGAAGGUUAUUUAUGGGUUAAUGCAGCUCUGUAUUCUCAAGUGUCAUUCAAGCUUUGUAAUAAUCGGUUCAUCAGUGUGCAUGCAGAUACUUAACUGUACACUCGGUACUCAGUCUUUACAUCAUGUUUGACACAUGAUUCAUUAACACUGUCUUAGUUUCUGUGGCUAUUUAUUUGAGUUGUUUCUUUAAAUUAAAUGCAUUUUAAAUUUA